AUGCUUUACCAUGCGUGCAAUCCAGCCGAUGGUAACCUUCCUUACGGGAAGUUUCUUACCUUGGUCUUCCAAUACUUUGGGGUUCCACCAGAGGCCGAGUACAUCGACAGGGUUCGAUCUAGGCCGAUAGACAAGACUUCUAUUCUGAAGAUGAAGGUGCCUGGUGAAGAUCCAGUAGUGGAUGAGGACCAGCUUGUUUAUGACAAGGAUACAUUCACACCAGAUGAUCGCAUGGGAGAGGCUGAGAUUGACAUCCAACCCUUGGUCAUUGCUUCCAAAGUUCAUGAGAAUUCCACCAUCCCUGAGUACAUUGAGCUUGGAAAAUGUAUAGCUAACAAACACAAUGGCUUGGGCAGCAUUAUCAGCAUAUUAUAUGGAAGGGUAAAGCAAGACAUCACAAUCAAGCUGCAGCAUGUUGAGCGUGGAGUGUUAGAGAUUGAGCUUGAAUGUGUUCCUCUUAGUCAAUAA